GCCCCCAACGGCGCCACGCCCCCAACGGCGCCACGCCCCCAACGGCGCCACGCCCCCUGAGCUUGGUGCGUCUCCUGCUGCUGUGUCUCUAUGGAAACGGCUACUGCUUUCCCCAAGCCACAAGCGGAAUGGCGGCUGGAGAGCCCGGUUGUCUCGGCGGCUUCUACUUCAGAUUCCUGCCUCAGAGAACCUUCCCGUCCCUGAGCAGCCGGGAGAUCACCAGCCGGCUCCGCCAAUGGUCCAUGCUGGGCAGAAUCCAGGCGCAGGCGUUCAGCUUUGACCAGACGUUCCAGCCCUACCAGAAGGAUGAUUUUGUCAUGGCUUUUUUCAAAGACCCAAAUGUUAUUCCAAAUUUGCAGUUACUCUCAGAUUCUUCUGGACAGUGGACCACAUUAGGAACUGAAGUGAAAAAUAUUGAAGCUAUAAAUGUUCCAUGCACACAACUUUCAAUGUCAUUUUUCCAACGGUUAUACGAUGAAAAUAUUGUACGAGAAAGUGGACACAUUGUCAAGUGCUUAGAUUCUUUCUGUGAUCCAUUUCUCAUUUCAGAUGAACUACGAAAAGUUUUGCUCAUAGAAGACUCUGAAAAAUAUGAAGUCUUCAGCCCGCUGGAAAGGGAUGAGUUCCUGUUUCGUCUCUUUAAGCACCUCUGCCUUGGAGGGUCUCUUUGUCAACAUGAAGAUAUGCUCAAGCCAUAUCUGGAGACGGCAAAGCUGAUCUAUAAGGACCUGGUGAGUGUUCGGAAACAUCCUCGAACCAAGGAAAUACAGAUUACCUCUUCUGUCUUUAAAGUGAAAGCCUACGACUCUGCUGGUGUGUGCUACCCUGCAGCUAAAGAGCACGAGCAGACCUUCUCUUACUUCAUUGUGGAUCCUAUCAAGCGUCACGUGAACGUCUUAUACCACUGCUAUGGUAUGGGUGAAAUGGCCUAGUCUCUUCAGUCACUAGUCUCUGUGUCAGCACUAGUGGAUGGAGGUGUGCUCUGGCAGAUCAGUUGAUUUCAAACUGAAACACUAAAGUGCCUCUCUCUACAUUUGCCCACACACUCCUGCAGGGAUCCCUGAAGGAACCUACACAGAGCAGAAAGUCACAGUUUGUUUGUUCUAUCAAGAUGCAGCCACAUUCUCAAUUUCCUAUAUUUUACAGUUGUUUGGGAGGCAAAGACGGACAGGUCUCCAUGAGUGUGUGGCCAACCUGACCUACAGAACUAGUGCCAGGACAGCCAAACCCUGUCUUAAAAAACGAAAUAAAUACAUAAAUUAAAUUAAA